UCCACUAAGCUGGCAGGCUGGCUAACAGCCUGCUCUGCACCCUAUCUCAUUGUGGAGCUAGGGGAGUUAGAGCCCUGUCUAAAGAAUCAAGAAUGUAUGAAUAAAUAUAACUUUGUGAGUCAGAUGUUGAAACCCAGGACGUUACAGUAUGUCAAUAUAACACCCCCUGUACUAAUGAAGCUAUAAAGGUGUCCACAUAUUUUAGGUGGCCACAGAAAGAGACGUACAAUGCCGAAUAGAAGUUUUUUAAUGGUUAAGUUGUUAAGACUGCACUGAUAAAAGUGCACACAUGGCAUUUUGGCAAUUAAAUAAUGCACACAGCAGGGGAACUAGAUUACAGUGACAGUAACCUCGUCCCCAUGCUACUGAAAACACAGCAGGGGAACUAGAUUACAGUGACGGUAACCUCGUCCCCAUGCUACUGCACACAGCAGGGGAACUAGAUUACAGUGACGGUAACCUCGUCCCCAUGCUACUGCACACAGCAGGGGAACUAGAUUACAGUGACGGUAACGUCCAGUCAGUUUUGUCACUGACUACCACAGUAUUGCCAAGAGGUCAGGGAACUUGAUUAGUAAAGAACUCCAGUGACCCAGUUAACCAGGGGGAUAUCAUACACAAACCACAGGGGUUGACUACAGGGUAGUGUGUAGGCUUUUGUUCCAGCCCAACUCUAACACACAUGAUUCAAUUGAAUCAACUAAUGAUGGUUGUCAACUGAAACAUUCUGCUUUGGGGCAACAGACAUUUUGGAAUCAGCAGCAGUCAUGAAGGACAAAGGAAGGCAUUUUACACAAGUCUGAACUCUGCCAAUACUUACUACUGUACACACUAUCAUUUAAACCAGCCUACUCUUUGAGUAAGGUAAGGAAAUAAAAACAAAAAUGUUUUAGCAACCUGGAAUAUCUACUCAAGGUUUCUUAGCACAAGAUGGCUGAGACGUGACUAAAGAAUGUAUGAAUAAAUCCCAAUUUUGUGACUCAAAUGUUGAAAUCCAAGACAUUACAGUAUGUCAACACAAUACUUCCUGUACUAAUGAAGGUAUAAAGGUGUCCACAUAUUUUGGGUGGCCACAGAGAGUGGUAGAAGACUCGGGGGGUAAUACUAUGGCAUUCUAUUUGAAGACUUUCUACACUGUGUUGGUACUGACACUGACAGGAGGCCUUGAUCCUACCAGUGUCUCAGCAGCAUCUCCUAAUCCUAGCUCAGUGUCCGUGAGGCCCAGCCCACAGCUCUCUCUCCCCAUUCUCAGCCAGUCCUUCAGCCUGGACUGUAACGGCUCCUUCCCAGGCCUGCCAGUGCUUUGGUACAAAGACGGCCAGGUUGUAGCUCCAGACGCCAGGAUAAACCUGUUGGAACACAACACCUCCCUCCACUUCAACUCCCUGCUGCCCUCUGAUGGUGGCUUCUAUCAGUGCGAGGUGACCAUGGCAAACAUGGCUGAAAGCAAGGUCAUAAGCUUGGGCUACCUGCUAAACUUUGAUCAUUGGAGUGUUAGUAUCAGUGGCCCUGACACAGUGUUGCCUGGAAGGGAAUACACCUUUACCUGCCAGGUGAACUGCACUGUCGACCUGGACUGCUCCAUCCGCUGGCCAUUGAGGGGGGGUAUCCUUACUAGCGCCUACUUCUCCGUGAGGAAGAAUAUCCUGAAAUGGAUCCCGUCGGUACCUGGUACGGUCCAGAACUUCACCUGUGUGGUGGAGAACACAGCAGCUGGACGCUCUGCAGAGGCCUCCAAGACAGUGAAGGUCACAGGACCCACAGUAUCAGGAUCUGAAACAGUGAGGCUGAGUGGAGUUUUAGGACUGGUCCUCUGUAUGGGACUGCUGUUCCUCCUGGAUCCCUAGGAGGGGCGCUAUAAGACUACAGACGAUGGGAAGGACAGAGGAGAACAUUGAAUGAGUUCAGGUUCACCUUCAGAACGAAUAAUAAAACAGGAACCAACGUUUUGAAACUCUUAAUCCUGUCCAAUAAGAAUGCUCAUUUCUCAGAGUAAGAAUAUAAGGAUAUAAGAAUGUUUCCUCUGUUGUGGGAUAAUGAUAGUUGAGUGAUUGGAAGUUUCCAGUGAAUUAUGUUGAUCAUCCACAUGCAGUGGGUAACGAUGAGAAAAUAAUAACAAAACGUACAUAUUGAUGUUAUCUAUGUAAUAUUUUCUUAUUUGCAAUACGUACUGUAUUAUUAUUAUCUUUGUUGUUGUUGAGAUGACCUUGUAAAAUAAACUCCCAAAUGAGUGUGGUAAUAGAUAGCU